UUCUCUCUCUGAAAGUGAAGGCAACAUGAGUGGUGGUUUGGCACCCAGUAGAAGCACAGUCUACGUGUCCAAUCUGCCAUUCUCUCUUACCAACAGUGAUCUACACAAGCUUUUCACCAAAUACGGAAAAGUUGUGAAGGUUACAAUAGUCAAAGAUAAAGAAACACGCAAAAGUAAAGGUGUGGCUUUUGUGCUUUUCCUGGACAAAGAGUCUGCCCAGAACUGUUCAAGAGCUCUCAACAACAAACAGUUAUUUGGCAGGACGGUGAAAGCCAGCAUUGCCAUCGAUAAUGGGAGAGCAACUGAGUUUAUCAGGAGGCGAAACUACACAGACAAGUCGAAAUGUUAUGAAUGUGGGGAUACAGGUCACCUAAGCUAUGCAUGCCCCAAAAACAUGCUUGGCGAAAGAGAACCCCCUAAAAAGAAAGAAAAGAAAAAGAAAAAAAAGGUUGAAGAGCCUGAGGAAAUUGAAGAGGAGGAAAGUGAGGAAGAGGGAGAGGACCCAGCUCUUGAUAGCUUAAGUCAAGCCAUAGCUUUUCAGCAAGCGCGUAUCGAGGAGGAGCAGCGCAGACGACAGCAGACGGCUUUCGUGGCUGAAGAGGCCGGUCGAGCGUCCACGUCGGAUGACUCCAAGAAACCCAAGAUCAAAAAGAGUGCCUAUUUCAGUGACGAGGAAGAGCUGAGCGACUGAGGCCGUUUCGCAGAUGUAGUUUGGAUUCUUGAGCCGCAGUUAAUCGAACCGGGAUGUUCGUUUCAUGACCGGCUGCAGUAGUGUCAUUAACCUGAACGUAGACGUGUUUGAUGAAAGGGGUUACAUUACACAUCCCUUUUGGCUGGAGUCCUCAAAGGUGGCUGUUAUAGUAAUUUAGGGAGUUUUAUACAUCAUUGAUCCUUGGAGUACUUAUUAUGAUGCCAUAAGCACUGUACUAUGUAUAAUUGUGAAUGGAGAUAAAUUUUUACUUUUGUGUCUGCACCGUUUUCUUUUGAACUUGUACUAUAUAGUUGUUUUACAGUAUUUUUCACCUAUCUUACUAUGUAAACAGUGGGGAAAUAAAGUUAUUCCUUUGAAGGUAAAUACA